AUGGCCCCUUCGAAUCAGCUCGGUAAACGCGUCAAGUUGACGCAGGUGCGACGGCCUUUUAUCGUCGGCACCACUGCCAUUCCCUUCUCCGAGACAAACCCCAAGCCGCCCGGCACGCCAGACAACCAUACGCAUUCAUGGCAGGUGUUUGUGAAAGGCCUGGAAGACACAGAUAUCACGUACUGGCUACGCCGAGUUCAGUUCAAGCUGCACGAAUCUAUUCCCAACUACGUGCGGAUGAUCGAGGGUGAGCAGGGGAAGCCCUUUGUAGUCAACGAGACAGGAUGGGGUGAAUUCGACAUCACCAUCAAGCUGUACUACGUCAACGACUCAGGCGAGAAACCCCAGACCAUGUACCACUAUCUCCGUCUCCAUCCAUUCGGCCGGACAGAAGAGGAGAAGCAGUCAAUGGUGACCAAGAAUGGAGAGGUUCGGUCCUGGAGCUACGAGGAGCAGCUUUUCAACGAACCAUACGAAGCAUUCUACCAAAUCCUGACAUCUGGGGCCGUGCCCAAAGGCUGGAAGCCAUCUGGAGCAUCUGGCAAGGGAAAGGGAAAGGGCAAAAACCGUGCACCACCGCCGCUACCGGCCCCCGAUAGCGGCGAGGUGUGGGAGCAUACAGCCAUGAUCCCGAACCACAACCGGCCUGGACAACCGUUUAGUCGCGAGACUGAAGCCGCCGAGGUACGAAAGCUUAAGGAGGCGCAAACCAAGACGGAGAAAAUGGCCGCGCAAAUCCUGUCGGAGCUCAAGUCCAAGGAAGAACUGCUGGCUAAGCUCAAGGCUGAGAAUCAAGCGGCAGCGGCGGCGGCGAAACCUGUCUAG